ACUCUGCGCUGCACCCUGACCUCCCUGCUCCCUGUGGGGAACGUCCAGUGGUUCAGGGGGACAGGGACAGGCCGGGAGUUAAUCUACAGUUUCAAAGGAGGCCACUUCCCCCGAGUAACAAAUGUUGCAGACACCACAAAGAGAAACAGCAUGGACUAUUCCAUCCGCAUCAGUAACAUCACCCCAGCAGACACUGGUAUCUACUACUGUGUGAAGUUCCAGAAAGGGAGCCAUGAAGACGUGGAGUUUAAGUCUGGACCAGGCACCCAGCUCACCGUGAGUGCCAAACCCUCUCCCCCCGUGGUAUCGGGCCCCACGGCGAGGGUCCCACCUGAGCAGACAGUGAGCUUCACGUGCGAGUCCCACGGCUUCUCCCCCAGAAACAUCACACUGAAGUGAAUCAAAAAUGGGAAUGAGCUCCGAGCCUCCCAGACCAACGUGGACCCAGAAGGAGACGGCGUUUCCUACAGCGUCUCCAGCACAGCCAAGGUGGUGCUGGCUCCGGGGGAUGUUAGCUCCCAGGUCAUCUGCGAGGUGGCCCACGUCACCUUGCAGGCGGGCCCUCCUCUUCGUGGGACGGCCAACUUGUCUGAGACCCUCUGAGAGCUUCUGCCCUGUGCUGUUUCUGUUCCGCCCACCUUGGAGGUUUCCCAACACCCCAUUGCAGGGAACCUGGUGAACAUCACCUGCCAGGCAAACAAGUUCUACCCCUGGCACCUAAAGCUGACCUGGUUGGAGAACGGAAAUGUGUCCCGAAUAGAAACGGCCUCGACUCGCAUAGAGAACAAGGAUGGGACCUUUAACUGGACGAGCUGGCUCAAGGUGAACUCAUCUGCCCACAGGGAGGAUGUGGUGCUCACCUGCCAGGUGGAGCAUGACGGGCAGCCGGCGGUCACCAAACACCAUACCCUGGAGGCCUCUGCCCACCAGAAGGAGCAGGACACAGGUGGAACCCCUGGCCGAGAGCUGUCUACUGUCCCUCUGGUAGUCCUCCUCCUGAGCGCAAAGCUGCUGCUGGCCAUCGGUGUCUCUGCCAUCUACGUUCACAGGAAGUGGAGGGCCUGACUGUAUCUCAGCAAGAGAACAGCACCGGGGACAUAGGAGGCACACAGGGAAUGCUUCUGUAAUGAUGAGCAGAUAAUUAAAUGUGGACAUGUUUCCCACAGCUCCUUCCUUCCUUCCCUGCUGUGUGCCACCCCCAAUCUCUGCUGCUCCAUUCACUCUGUGAGGGGCCCAGCCUAAGAGAAGGAGCCUACCAGAAGCUUCCAAGACUCUGCUCCAAAUGCCUCCCCUCCCUGGAUACCUGCCUGCUCUCACAUUCCUGCUGCUCCUUCUCCCAGUCUUUGAUGCCCCCAGAGCUGGAUCUUC